AACGUAAACAUACGCAUAAAUAAUCACAUUAAGGAGAUUAAAUUUUAUAUCAUUAUUUUAAGUGAGCCAAUGAUAAAAGAACAGAUCAUUCUGUAUCAGUUUGACUAUUUUUUAUAUUUUUUAAAAAAUCGAUAAAAUUAUACUUGGUGAUUUAACCUGUCUAGUGAAUGAGUUUUAUAAAAUUUUUACAAUGAUUAGAACAUUGUUAUUAAAUUUUUUAUUAUUUACAACAAUUUAUGCUGGUCCUGAAGAGGAUGAAGGUGUAAAAUAUGCAAAUAAGUGUGAAGUGUGCAAAGUAUUUUCUAUGGAGUUGGAAGCUAGGCUAGAUGAAACAGGAAAGACUCACGAUGUCCUGGAAGUCGGUUAUUCUUUAGACGAUGUUGCUCCAAAAAAGAAAAAGCAGUAUAAACAAUCAGAGCUGAGACUGGUUGAAUCACUGGAAGAUAUUUGCGAACGUAUCCUGGAGUAUAACAUCCAUAAGGAGCGUGAUGACAGUACAAGAUUUUCCAAAGGGAUGAGUCAAACUUUCAAAACACUCCAUGGCCUUGUAGAUAAAGGAGUUAAAGUCGAGUUGGGAAUACCGUAUGAAUUAUGGGACAAACCAUCUGUUGAAAUAACAACCUUGAAAACACAAUGUGAGGAUAUGCUCGAAAAUCAUGAGUCAGAUAUCGAGGAAUGGUAUUUCAAUUACCAAGGAAAAGUGCCGCUUGAAAGGUAUCUUUGUUCUGAGCGGGUGCUCGUAGACGAUGAUGACUCAUGUCUCAAAGAAAAAGGCGACACGGGUAAAGAUCGUAAAGAUAAAUCAAAAAGAAAAUCCAAAAAAUCUAAUAAUGAUAAUAAAAGGAAAAACUCUAAACAAGAGUUGUAGACUUAUUAAUUUAAUUGACUGAUUAAAAUAAUUACUUAAUUGUUUAUAUUUUUGCCAUGAUAAUUUUACUUUUUACUUUUUAUUACAUAUGUACAUAUGUACAUAACUGAAGUUGUUUUUUUCAGAAAUAAAAAACAAAUGAUGAUUUAUCUCUAAAGAUAA